AUGGUAUUCCACGUGAUAAAGGUAUUAAGUUUUGACGAGCAUUUGCUGCUAAAUGGAAUCCGAACAUCGUCUUUCAAUGCUUUCCAAUUAGAUCAACUCUGGACACGACCAUGUAAUAAUGAAAUUGAUAUUGCAAUAGAUGAUGUUGUCCGCUUGGAGUUUCGUAAAACAACAAGUGUUGUAUGGAGUGAACCAUAUAAUACCGUGCAACGUUCAUUACUUAUUCAUACUGCAGAUCGUGAACAAUACAAAACUAUGGCUGACUUUAGUAGUAAAAAAAACACAGUGACAAGUGGCUCUAUUGCACAACAUGAUACAGAGCAACGAAAGCCAACAACUGCAUGUAUCAUUUAUUAUGAUGGCAAUCAAGGAAAAUGUAAAAAGAAAAUAGCAGAACAAGAAUAUAAAUCAGCUGUUGAACAAGGUCGAACUGCAGUCCUUAUGCGACAAAGCAAAGAAACAUUAGAUACAUUCACAGUUAAUGUUGGUGCUUUACCACCUGGCAAAGAAUGUCGAGUUAUGAUUAAAUAUGUAACUGAAUUAGAUUUAAUUGAUGGAAGUUCUAUUCGAUUUGUUGUUCCUACGACUAUUGCUCCACGAUAUAAUCCAUCAUUAGGUCAUUUACAAUCACCUGAUCGUACAGCAGCUGAAUAUGUUCAAAAUACUUCAUAUUCAAUGUGGUUUCAAGCACAUGUUCUUCGAGGUGAAGAAUAUAAAAUUAAGCAAGUCGCUAAUCUUUCACAUCCAGUAAAUAUUAGUAUGUCACGUCAAUCGAUUGAUGUAUCUUCAAUGGCUAUUGUUCUUGAUCGUGAUAUUAUUUUGGAUAUUGAUCUGCCUGAUAAUCGACCAUCGACACGUUUUGCUAUCGAAAAAUAUAAUGAUACUUCAAAAUAUGCUCUUCUUCUAGCAUUUACCCCACGUCUUUCUGAUUUUAUUAAAAUUUCUAAUGGAAAAGACGAACUUAAUACUGAAUUUAUCUUCAUUGUGGAUUGUUCAGGUUCAAUGACGGAAGAUAAUGGUAUUGGUCUUGCUAAAGAAGCUAUGCUUCUAUUCAUACGUAGUUUACCAGUGGGUGCUCAUUUUAAUAUCAUUCGUUUUGGAUCAAAUUUUGAUAUUCUCUUCAAAAAUGAGACUUUGACGACUGUUUAUGAUGAAACAACUGCUAAAAUAGCUGAAAAUCUUACACGUUCAAUGGAAGCCAAUUUUGGUGGAACAGAAUUGUUGGAACCUUUAAAACAUUUGACAGAUCAUCCACCAAUCAAAGGUCGAUCAAGACAACUAUUUCUACUGACCGAUGGAGAAAUUUCGAACACAAAUGAAGUAAACAUGUCAUAUGAGAUAUUUAAGAGACGCUCCAUGAGAAUGCCGAACAGUAUCUCUGUAUAA